AUACUCAAGCAGCGACCAUGAAAGCACACAGUUUCUCUCGCGAAAUCGAUCACCGAUUUAGUGCAAUACUCGUCGUGAGUUUAUUUGUGACACUAUUUCCCAGGAGUGCAAGAAUGGACGACAGUUGUUCGACGGAAUCUUGCCAGGUGUUUCCCAAAGACUUCUACUUUGGCACUGCAACGGCUUCGUAUCAGAUUGAAGGUGGCUGGAAUGAGGACGGCAAAGGACUGAACAUCUGGGAUACUCUGUUGCACGAGAAGCCUGACUUGGUGCUGGAUAAAUCCAAUGGAGACGUCGGACCGGAUUCUUACCACCUGUACAAGGAGGACGUGAAGAGACUGAAGGAAUUGGGAGUGAAUUUCUACCGGUUCUCAGUGUCUUGGAGUAGGAUUCUUCCUACAGGCGAUGUCUCAUCUCUCAACCCGGCCGGAGUGAAGUACUACAGCGAUCUGAUUGAUCUGCUGCUCCAGGAAGGCAUUCAGCCCAUGGUGACCAUGUUCCACUACGAUCUUCCGCAGUAUGUGCAGGAUUUGGGCGGAGUUACCAAUCCGCUGUUCGUGAAGUACUUCCGUGAGUAUGCCAGAGUGCUGUUCGACAACUUCGCUGAUCGCGUGAAGCUCUGGAGCACCUUCAAUGAGCCCUGCUCGUUCGCCUACUACGGCCAUGGCUUGGGAGAAAUCGCUCCCAUGAAGAAAUUGCAUGGAGUCGGAGAGUAUUAUGCUGCCUAUCACAUCUUGCUGGCUCACGCGGAGGUUUACCACUUGUUCAAGGAGCAGUAUCACCCUAAGCACAAGGGGAAGAUCGGUCUCACCCUCAGCAGCAUGGGAAUGUUCCAGAAAUCGCCAGGAGAUGAUCUUGUUGAGAGAGGCUUGCAAUUCACUCUUGGUUUCUUCGCCCAUCCCAUCUUCAGUCGCGACGGUGGGUGGCCUAAGGUGAUACAGGAGACUGUGGACAGGAAUAGCAAGGCGGAAGGACGAGCCUGGUCACGAUUGCCAGUCUUCACGCCAGAACAAAUUGAGCGUGUCAAGGGAUCGGCGGAUUUCUUCGGGUUGAAUUACUUCACGGGGCGUUUUGUGGAGCUUGGAAGCAUCACGGACGGCAAGAGUUAUCCUGAUCCGUCCUGGGAGAGAGACCAGAACUUGACUUUCUCCACAGAUCCUAGUUGGAAGCGCGGAAAGUCCGAGUGGCUCUAUUUGGCGCCUGAAGGCUUGAGAGGCAUUCUCAAGUGGAUCAAGAAGACUUAUGACAACCCUGAAGUGAUCAUCACAGAGAGCGGAUGGUCAGACGGUGGGGAGCUUGAGGAUGAGGCGCGAGUUGAGUGUCUGAGAGCGCAUCUGAAAGUAGUUCUAGAGGCCCUUCAAGCUGGCUGCCGCGUGAAAGCCUUUUCCGUCUGGUCUCUGAUCGAUAACUUCGAGUGGAUGAUGGGCUACUCGGAGAAGUUUGGUCUCUACCGAGUGGACGUGGAUGAUCCCGAGAAGAAGCGUGUCGCAAAGAAGUCCGCCAGGAUUUACAAGGAGAUCAUAAAGAACCGCCAAAUUGUGUAAUUGACUUCAUUAU